GGCUGCCCCCAAGCCCGAAUCCUCACCCUUGUGGGGCCAUGGCGGACGAGCUGCGGGAGGAGGUCGAGGAGCUCCUGGACGGCCUGCGCCGCAAGCAGCUCUUCCAGUCCGACUGGGACACGGUCGCCUUCGUCGUCAUCUUCGCCUUCAUCGGCACGGUGCUGCUCCUGACCGCGCUGGCGCUCCUGCACUGCUGCUGCUGCUGCCCCACGGGGGCCGCCCGCCACCGCGCCCAGAGGGCAAAAGUCGGUGUGGACAACCUGGGCAUGAUCCCUUAGCCACCCUAGCCGCGCUUGCCACCAGAAGGCCCACUGAUUCUCUUCUCGCC